GUCGAGAGAUCAGGAAUGAUAGAAGCAUACUGUAUCGAGCAAGACAAGUUGAAUUCAAGAGCACCUUAAGACCAAGAUAAGCAUCUGAAGCAUGGCAACCAUCACCUGCACCAGAUUCACUGAGGAAUUUCAGCUUUUUGAAGAACUGGGCAAAGGCGCAUUUUCUGUGGUGAGACGCUGUCUGAAGGUCCUCACAGGACAGGAGUAUGCUGCAAAGAUCAUCAACACCAAGAAGCUUUCGGCCCGAGAUCACCAGAAACUGGAGAGAGAGGCUCGGAUCUGUAGACUUUUAAAGCACUCAAAUAUUGUGAGACUUCAUGACAGUAUCUCUGAAGAGGGUCACCACUACCUAAUCUUUGACUUAAUAACUGGUGGAGAACUUUUUGAAGAUAUUGUUGCGAGGGAGUAUUAUAGUGAGGCUGAUGCCAGUCACUGUAUUCAGCAAAUCCUGGAGGCGGUUCUUCAUUGUCACCAGAUGGGAGUGGUCCACAGGGACCUGAAGCCUGAAAACCUGCUGUUAGCAUCCAAGUUGAAGGGAGCAGCGGUGAAGCUGGCUGACUUUGGCCUGGCGAUUGAAGUGGAAGGAGACCAGCAGGCUUGGUUUGGCUUUGCUGGAACCCCUGGCUACCUGUCUCCAGAGGUCCUGAGGAAAGACCCUUAUGGAAAACCAGUUGAUCUGUGGGCCUGUGGUGUUAUUUUAUAUAUCCUCCUGGUUGGAUAUCCACCAUUUUGGGAUGAGGACCAGCACAGACUCUACCAGCAGAUCAAGGCUGGAGCUUAUGAUUUCCCUUCUCCAGAGUGGGACACCGUUACCCCUGAAGCAAAGGACCUUAUCAACAAGAUGUUAACCAUUAACCCUGCAAAGCGUAUUACUGCCGCAGAGUCUCUCAAACACCCCUGGAUUUCGCAUCGCUCCACAGUGGCGUCCUGCAUGCACAGACAGGAGACGGUGGAAUGCUUGAAGAAGUUCAAUGCAAGGAGGAAGCUCAAGGGAGCUAUCCUCACUACAAUGUUGGUGACAAGAAACUUUUCAGGAAAUAAGAGCGGGGCUAACAAGAAGAACGAUGGGGUGAAGAAAAGGAAGUCCAGUUCCAGCGUCCAGCUCAUGGAAUCCUCUGAAAGCACUAACACCACCAUUGAGGAUGAGGAUACCCGAGGAAGGAAGCAGGAGAUUAUUAAAGUGACAGAGCAGUUGAUUGAAGCUAUCAGCAAUGGGGAUUUUGAAUGUUACACGAAGAUGUGCGACCCGAGUGUCACCGCUUUUGAACCCGAAGCCCUAGGAAACCUGGUGGAGGGACUUGACUUCCAUCGGUUUUAUUUUGAAAACUUGUGGUCUAAGAACAGUAAGCCGGUUCACACCACAAUCCUGAACCCCCACAUCCACCUGAUUGGUGAGGAAGCUGCCUGCAUUGCUUAUAUCCGCAUCACCCAGUACAUCGACAGCAACGGCCUGCCGCGCACUGCACAGUCCGAGGAGACACGCAUCUGGCAUCGCCGUGACGGCAAGUGGCAGAUCGUUCACUUCCACCGCUCCGGCACUUCUUCUGCAAUUGCUUAUUGAACUAUCGGAUUUGGGAAAUGAGCUGCAAGACUCUCCUUAAAGUCUCCAAUCAGGUUUCCAUCCAGAAGCUGUCAGAGGUCGGACCACCAGGGGAACUGAAGUCCGUCGCAUUUCAUAUGUUACUUGAAACCUGUUUACACUUCCACUAAGUCAAUAUGAAUGGCAUUAUAAAACACAAUCAUUUACACACACACACACACACACACACACACACACACACACACACACACACACACACACACACACACACAUAUAUAUACUUCAUAUCUAUUAAAGCAUGAUAAACUGAUUCAUAUUGCAAAUGUUUUAGUAUUUUAUACAUUUAUUAAUAAUUAUAACUUUUUGCUGUUGGAAACAAUUUGCAGUAUUCCUGAUUUUAAAGCUGUGGCAAUCUUUUUAUUUAUUUAUUUGUUUUUGUUUUUGUUUUUUUAAAGAUUAUUCCUGUUCCAGUGAAACUGAAGUAAAAACAGCUUGCUCAAAUUAAACAUAGUGUUGGAACAAUCAUCUUAAAUCAUAUUACAUUUUUAUAGUUAUACUGAUUUAGUAAAUGCUGAUUUAACUAUGUAAGAAAAACACUAUACAACAAAGCUACUAUGAAAGCCUAAUGCUUAAGAAAUUAACUCUAUAGUAAUACUGAAGAAGACACUUCUCAAAGAGAUUACUAGACUUGCAGUGAUUGCAUUAACUUUAGCUUGUAUCUAUUUAAGCACAAGCACUAGGUCACCUAUGUGAUUAUAAAUAGAACAAUAUCUCUGUAUUGUGUAAGCAUUUAAAAGCUUGGCCUUUUACUAUGAGCAUAGAAACAGGAGUUUGUACUCUGUCUUAGUAGUAAGAGUUCUGCUUUCAUGUAACACCUGGGAUAGAAUCGUUUUUUUUUACCCACAAUUAUCAUUAGCACCAAAAAAUACAACCAAAAUCAAUUGAGACAUUUUUUGGAGGCUUGCAAUAGUAUUAUUAUUAAUUUUAAAUGGAUUUGAAAGCUAUAGUAGUGGGCUUAUGGUGAUUGGGAUCCUUGGGAAUCUCUCCUUGGCCAUUUUAAGAGAGAUUGAAAUACUCUUACCAGUACAAAGAAGUAUUACAGUUCAGAAACACCCCACAUGCAAUUUCAAUUCAAAUUUUCAAUACUAAAGAAUGAAAUGAAUGAAAAGCAGAUAGUAAUUAUCUUACAGAAAAAUGUACAAUUUUGAAAUUAAUUAUUCUUCAUACUUUUUAGAGAGGUGCAGUUGUGACACUUAGCCACACAAGUAAGCACUUCAAAUCACAAACGUGUUAAACAUGGAAACUGCUAGAGGAGAUUUUCUUUACGUUGUUCAUUUAUCUAUUUG